GAAAACCCAACGAAAGGUCGUUUGCGUGGAUUGCUUAUUCAUUCAUACCAGAUUGGUAGACUAUUUGCGAAGCCAAUAUCAAGACAUGCAGUGCUGACGAAAUAGUGUGGAAUUCAAGUUCAGAAAAGAAAAGAAAAAAAAACAAGCGUAGUUCGACAUUAUCGCAAAAUUAAAACACGAGUAUAUUAAAACUGUAAAACAUCGAGAAAAACGCAAUUACUGCAUGUUGUUGAAGUUUCUUUUGUUGGUGAUCGUGAGUUAGUGGGUUAAUGAUACAGUAGAAGCCUGAUAUACGCAAUCUUAGUUCAAAGUUCAGGAGAGUGUUGAAUUUAUUGUUGGUACGUCCGCGAUGCAUUGCGGUGUGUCUUCCGGGUUAACUUUCCUUCUAAUAUGGAUUUCGGUGGGGCAACCAGGAUCAACCCAUCGUAUACUAGGACUGUUUCCUCAUCCGGGUAUAAGCCAUUUCAAGGUGUUUCAUCCAAUCAUGAGAGGACUUGCGCAAGCCGGUCAUCAGGUAACGGUGGUCAGUUAUUUCCCGAACCUGGAUGAACCGCUUCCGAACUACAGCGAAUAUAGUUUCGAAGGACAGCAGAUCUUAACGAACGCUUUCAGUUUGGAGAACUUCUCUCGUCGCACGUUCUGGGACAAUUUCAAAGAAUUCUACGAAUUAGCUCGGUGGGGAUACGAAACGUGUACGGCUGCUCUCAACUCGUCGGCGAUCGAUCGUAUCGUAGAGAUACAUAAAUCACAGCCGUUUGAUCUGAUUGUGACGGAGUUUUUUUCGACAGACUGCAUGGUAGGUUUGAGCCAUGUGCUUCGUGUGCCGCUCGUUGGUCUCAGCAGCUGUGCCCUCAUGCCGUGGCACUACGACCGUGUUGGUUUACCAGACAGUCCCGCGUACAUACCGUCCGAGUUCAGUACCUUCUCGGAACGGAUGAGCUUUUGGGAACGGUUCGAAAACUGGUUAGUGACGAGAACGGUCAAGCUUUUGUACCGCGCCGUACAGUGGAAUGAUAACCGAUUGUUGGCAGCCAAGUUCGGGGGAGAAAUUCCCGAUGUUAGAGACAUUGCCAAGAACACUAGCUUGAUACUGGUCAAUCAACAUUACACGUUGAGUGGAGCUCGACCGUUGGUUCCUGCCGUAGUUGAGGUUGGUGGCGUUCACAUCAGAAGUCAACAGCCGCUUCCGGGUGAAAUUCAGAAAUUUUUAGACAACUCACCCGAAGGUGUCAUAGUGAUAUCCUGGGGUUCUGUUUUAAAGGCGUCUACUUUACCUGCGGUUAAAAGAGAUGCCAUUAUAAGUGCGUUGCGCAGGUUACCGUUUAAAGUGCUGUGGAAGUGGGAAGAUGACAACUUACAAGAUCUUCCGAAGAAUGUUGUUCUGAAGAAAUGGCUUCCACAGCGCGAUGUGUUAUGUCAUCCAAAUGUUCGUCUGUUUAUGGCGCAUGGUGGACUACUAGGCGUAUCGGAGGCAGUUCAUUGUGCGGUUCCAGUUGUCGUAACACCUAUUUAUGGAGAUCAGUUCCUUAAUGCGGCUGCCCUCGCUAAUCGUGGUAUGGGAGUUGUCAUGCAUUACGAACGGAUUACACCCGAAUAUGUUUUCACCUGUAUCCAAGAGGGUCUUCGGUCUGAAGUACGAGAAGCUGCGAGCGCUGUUUCACAAGCCUAUCGUCAUAGACCUCACACGCCACUCGAACUGUCGGUUUGGUCCAUCGAAAAUGUGCUGCUGAAUGGUCCGCGCCGUUUGGAGAAAUCACAUGGCAGCGAGUUGUCAAUAUAUGCUUACUAUUCGUGGGAUGUUAUAGUGGUUUUUUGCUUAUUAGUUUUCUUAAUUGCCAAGGUUUUUACUCUUGUUUCUUGUGUUGUGCGAAAGAUCUCAAAUCGAAAAAUAAUUCGUGAUGAAAAAGUGAAACGUUCGUGAAAUUUUCUAAAUUGAAUCUACAAUAGGUAUAUUGAAGUAGUUUGAGUUCAAAAUCUUUCUGCAAAUGAAUUAUGCAGUUUAAAAUUUAUUGAUUAGAUGAAAUAUUGAAUUGAUUUACAAGUAAUAUUUCAGAUUUUUACUAAUUUAGUAUUUAUUUUUAUUGGAGAUAAUGUACUGUAAAAAUGGUGCCGUCCGCAAAAAUACAUCUUGAUUUCAAUGAAUUUGUCAAAUCUUAGAAUUAUUCACUCAUAACAUUGAAUUAAAUUGAAAAGGUACAAUCCUUUUAAGAGGAACUGCAGGGGAACCAAUGCAAAUAGAGCAUUAAUUUUAGCAGAAA